UCAGUCAGAGCUAGAGAAUCUUGUGCAUGCUCUUUUGACCACAAAACCUCCCCCACUUUUUUGCAACGUUAUUCUUUCAAUUGUUUCAAUAACGAUCUUUACCGUAUGGGACAAAUUUGGCCUCGCUUGCCUCUUGUUAGACUAUGGCCGGCUGAAGUUGCUUCUACUGCACUGAGCUGCUCCCAGUGAAACUGGGUGAGGAAUAUAGAGUCAAACUGGGCAAGAGCUUCACCUUCCCCAGGGAGAACGCCUAUCACACCAUCAAAUAUUAAAUCCGAAUUUUACCGAAUCAUUUAGUGACUGACAUUGAUGGCCACUGUAUCAGAUGACUUCAAGCCUCUGUCAGUGGAUCCCACAAAGCCUGGUAAACUGCGAGUGGCUGAUGAUGAAGUGAACGUACAACUACCAGGCUGAGUGGACUGAUGAUGUGGCCCAGUUCAGAGGACCCAAGAAGCCUGUCACUAAAGAGUGUGUGCUCAUCAUAGACACUGUGUCUGGGGAGGCAGUACUGGAGAGGAUCAGUAACAACAUCCAACUCAAGGCCAUCAGGGACGGACGCAAGUGAUGAUGGCGUACGCUGACCUUGUGUUCCAGUUUGGAAUGGCUGACGAGAACCAAGCCACUUACAUUUAUUCAAGGACCAACACGGCUGUGCAGUACAUCAAAGCUGAAUGGUUUUACGAUGGCUUCAAGAUUUUUGCUGCUCUGCUCAACGGAGAUCUGAUACCGUAUCCUACGUACUUGUGCAACAUCACUGGAUCCACCAACUACUACAACAUUCUCAGGACCUCGCUAUGUACACGACUGGUGUGGAAAAUAGGAGAUGAUGUUGCCGGGUAUGUGAGCUGCAUGGUGGUCGUGAGAGGGGGUGGGCACAUUCUCCCGUUUGACCAGCCGGAGAGAGCACUCAACCUCAUCCAGAACUUUGUGAACAUGCAAUAGCCUAUUAUAAUUAUGUUGUCUGGAAAUGAUCAUGCUUCAAGUAUAAAAACAAAACUAGAAGAAUUGAAGAGAA